CUCACCCGCCCCGUCGACUCGCCCUCCCAAGCAGCGGUGCACCGCUGCGGCGGAGUCCUUGACGGGGACGAGUACCAUGGUAAACACGACAAAACACCGCAGGUUUUAUGAAGAUCAAGCAGAUUCUAGCUGGAAGGUGGCAACCAGACUGGCUGCAGCUGAGCAUUUGAGGCUGUGUUGAGAGGGAAAGACAGAUCAAGAGAUCCAGCUGAAUAAGGAGAAAAAGGGAGACGGCUGCUGACUCCAUGUCUUCGCCUGCAAAUAAAAGAUCUGGUUCUGGAACACACAAUUUUGACUAUUGCAGGUUUAUAGAGCUAGACUACACACCCAUGGAGUCAGGCAUUAUGGUCUCUAUGAGACAGAGCAGAGGAUUUCUGACACCAAAGUCCCCGGAACACCACUGUCGACGGAGUCCAGCACCUGUUAGUAACCGUGAUCCGUAUGGAAAUGCCUCUCUCAGUAGCAGUAGCAAUUCAGGAUCAUGCAGGGGCAGUGAUGGAAGCCCAACCCAUAGGCGUAACUUAAAACACACCUCCUGCAAUGAUAACCAUGGUAUCCGGCCUCCUCCACCCGAGCAAUACCUUACACCUCUGCAACAGAAAGAAGUGUGUAUAAGACACCUGAGAGCACGGCUUAAAGAGACCAUUGACAGACUGCAGGAUAGAGACACUGAGAUCGAUGAGUUGCGUAUUCAGUUGUCUCGUAUGCAAGAAGACUGGAUUGAGGAGGAGUGCCACCGUGUGGAGGCCCAGUUAGCUUUGAAAGAAGCUCGCAGGGAGAUCCAGCAGCUUAAACAGGUUGUCGAUGUUGUCCGUUCUAGUCUGGGAGACAAUGACACAGGGGUGCAAAAGUGCUUCCAAGACAUCAACCUCCAGAACCACAAGCUGGAGACUUUAUUGCAGAACAUGGAGCUGGCUCAAACCGGUGCUGUCAAAGCAGUGGAACCCCCAGGAGGUGGAGGGUUGGUGGGGGCAGGGCUGGAGGUCAGCGAGGGUCUGGCGGAGUCAUCUGAUGGCUCCCCAGCUCGCUCGCUAACUCGCAGCUCUACCUACACCAAGCUCAGCGACCAGGGCGGUCCGGAAUGCAGCGGUAACGAAAAUGGUUGUGACGUUCCAUGUUUGUCAGGCGAGGGCACGCAAGACAGCGGGUUUGUUUGCUGCGGAGAAAGCGUAAGAGGAGCCAGCAAGGCAGACCUUCUUCAGGAAGCUGCUUUUCUGUCUCAAGAGACAGCCUUGCUGCUCAAUGCGUACUCCCGCCUGCCACACUCCUCCACCUAUAAGGGGCUCUGCAACAGCGAGCCCAGAGUAGUGCCACUCUGCUGUAGCGGGUACGGUACAGGGACCAAUGUGAGUCUUAGUAAUCCCUGUCUAUCGCACCAUCAUCUAUACCUGCACCACCUUCGGGAGCAAGCAAUUCAAACCGACUAUGACCAUGCCCCAGCCUCAUCCCCUGCUCAUGGACCCAGUACAUCCUUUAACUCUGAUCUGGACACUAUUGCUGAGCGCACCUUCCGCUCUCAGGCCUGCAGCCCAACCUCUACCUGGAUGUCUGAUGAAGGAGGUGACCUGGAAUCAGUUGCAAUGGAAUCAGCUGUUACAGCAACAUUUGCCACCACAGCAUCAAUCGUCAUGGACUCUAUUUCCACUAAGUCUGCUCCGGUUGUUGCAGUGCAGUCUUGGGGACCAUCUGCAUCUACUGCAAAAGGAUCUGUGUCUCUAGCACUGAACACCACUGAGACCUCUGUCAUGGAGUCUACUGUUUCAGAGUUCUCUCCAGUUUUACCAUUCGUCACAACAGCUCUGACCACAGAGACCACCGAAUCCCCAGUUACCAACUUGGUUUCACCUCAGCCUAGCAGAGACCCUUUGCCAAGUCCUGGCAACUCCCCCUGCUCGGCACAGUCAUCAGUUGGGAAAGAAGAAGAGCCCCUCCCACAAACAACUCAGCCUUCUAGUGCACUGUCAGAGGCUGGGGCUAUGGGGGAUCAUGUUAUAGGUGCAGAUGCUGAUGAUGAAAUCGAUGAGAUUGCUACAGAUAAUGAGUCAAAGUCAACUGAGUGUGGUUUACCAGCAAAGAACUACUGGAGCCGCCACUUCCUUGUAGAUUUGCUUGCAGUGGUUGUGCCAGUGGUCCCCACAGUUGCAUGGUUGUGUCGGGGCACACACCGUGACAGUCAGCCAAUGUACCAUAUUGGUUCUCUUAUGCGGGGUUGUUGCACUGUGGCCCUCCAUUCUCUACGUCGAGGAGGAGGUCUUCGGCACUACCCCGCAGGAGGAGGGGGUCCAGGGGGAAUGAACAUAUGAGACCAGUUCUUCACCCUUGGCGAGUUUGGAAGGGCGGUUAAAACAUUUAAGAAUUGAGACCGAAUUAGUGCUGUCUGUUGGAUCUGUAGUCCUCUGUACACUUCUCUACACAAGAGGAUGAACGAGUAGCACACCAAAACUGAAAGUAUGACGCACUUGUCAUUCUAGAACUUUCACCUCUUCUCCCAUAACUGCUACCCUGAGUAAGGAGGCAAGUUUAUGUAUUCUGAAUGAUGGACUGACACGACUCAGCUUUGUUAGUGACACUAGAUGAUCCCCGUUAUUACAAUUGUAUUACCAUUAUUCUGUGUAAAGGGACACAAUAAGUGAUGGAAAGGAUCUAUCCUUUUGAUUGUCACUCUUGCUGUCACUGGAAAGGGUUUGUGUACCGUUUUUGUGUAUUAAUACAUCUAUGUGAGUGUUUGUGUUGUGUACAGUGCAGCCAAAGUACCUGGAUAACUAAUGGCCAUCAUUGUUCUAGUUGUAUGUUAGUUAGAUGUAGUUAGAAGUCCCAUCACUUUCGCCUGUGUGACUACACUAUAUGACACUGAGCAGUUGUCUUUCUCCUUAGGAGCUAGGCAAGCACCUGCUAAGCAAUUUAUAUGCUUUGCAUAUACCACUAGUGUCCUAGAUAAGCCAGUCAAAAAAUGAUACUUGGACCAUCUGGAGUCAUUAGAAUAUUGAUAUUUUAUUCUAGGCUGAAGUCAGUCAUUGGGAAAGGUUGCUGGUUUAGAAAUGAUCCAUAUAUCUGGAUGCUAAAUCAUUAUUUUAGAAAUUAAAUAAUUAAUCUUAUAUAUUAACAGUAAGAUGGAUUCAGCGUUUAGACAAUGAUCAGGGUUAAAGGUCUUUAGUAGGGUAAUGAAAUCUUUCUCACCAGAAAUGAUUAACAUUAUUUCCAUUGUUUAUGUGCUGAUUUUACCAAGGUUUGUGUUCAUGAUUUUCUAACCAUCUAGAAAUAUAGUCUUAGCUCAAAAGUUUCAGUUUUGGUCAUUUAACGAAAACUGCAUUUAGCACAUUAGCUUGGUUUAGCAUAUGCUGUUUCUGAGCUAGUAAGUUACAUGAUAAAAAAAGUAGAGUAGAUGAAGUUUAAAUAAAAAAUUCAAGUAAACAAUGGAAAUAAAGAACAGAAAAUCACAACACAAAUAUUACAAUACAUUUAUAAAAUAUAUUUUUUGAAGCUUUUCCCAAACAUUUGGCCACAACUCUUGUUCCCUGUGAUGUUUGUUCAUGUUGACAUUUACUGUGUAUGUUCACUGACACUAAGGGGAUGGGUGACAUUUACUGACAUGUUGAUUGCACUGUUAUUCACUUUAUAAGCAGUUACUUGAAGUAUACUUGAGUGUGUGUUUCUGUCUAUCCAAAAGCCAAUGCAUACAUGUGGAUUUGUGGUUCAAGGUUAGGUUUCACCAUUUUGAAAGAAUUCAGCUGGAUACAUUUUGAUUUACAAAUUCACAUUGAUUUCCAUUCAUAAUGUGUAUAAAAUUGAUUCAGUGACAGAUGUGUUGACUCUCCUGAAAACAGUGCACCAGAUCAUCAGCCAGAUGAACACUAAUUGUUUUGUGCUGGCAUGCACCGUAGUUAUUUAUGUAUCACGUCUUAUUUUCUGUCCGUCUAAACAAUUAAGAACAGCUGCUUUUCUACCUCCCUUUGGAGUGUAUGUAGUCUGCAUUUGGUGUUUUAAUGUUCCAAUAGUCUGCUGAUUUCUGUAGAGAAUGUGUGUGCUGUCUGCUGGGUUUUCUGGCAAUCCUUUUUUCCUUUAACUGCUUGAGUCUUGAUUUGUGCUUUAUGUGGUGGCAAGUGCUUACAGAUGUAUUUAAUUUAUAGUCUAGUCCCUGCACUCUUCACCUCAUUCCAACUAAGCACUUAUUAAAGACAACUUUACAAGAUAUGAAGUAAUACAUGUUCCUUAUGUUUUUUAUUUGUUUGUCAAAGCUAUGAAUGUGGAUAGUUUGUUCUGUCUCUUGGUUUAUUAGACAAUAUCUCUGAGAUUAAAUUAAAAUCAAGUGGUCUUUGAGACAAAGCUACUCAGAGAGUAGGACGUUGUGCUCCAAAUAAAAUCGUCAUUGUCCAUUUGUUCAAUGAAUUGUGUGUGAAUAACAUUAGCUAUUUGGCCAAAUGACAAAAGGUAUGUUGUUUUAAAGUUUUGUUGAAAUGUCACAAAAGGCCUUGAUAAGAUUGUCUUGAAUUAAUUGAAGCCAUAUAUAAACAGAGUUGUAUAUGUUGGCCCUAAAUGCUGAUAAAUUUGAGUAAUAAUAUUUCUAUUUAAUGUUACAUACAGUUGUAUAGUAAUUACAUUCAUGCAGCAGAGAGGGGAUGUGCGUGUGUGUGUGUGUGCGUGUGUACAGGUUUCACUUUACUAAAUCGGCCAAAUCAUGUUUAGCUUUAAAUCUACUGAUUGAAGUUUAGUGUAUGCCAUUGGUGUAUGAGUGUGUGUGUGAAUGGGUGAUUGGGAUACAGUGUAAAGCACUUUGGUAACCUCUAAGGUUAAAAAAAGCGCUAUAUAAGUGCAGACCAUUUACCAUUGAGGGGUAGGGAACAGAAAAUAGAAUUAGCCUGCUAUGAAAUCAAUGGACGUCUAUGAGAUGUCCUCACUUGUAUUGUUAAACAAACCUGUGUGUGUGUGUGUGUGUGUGUGUGUGUUCAUGACUGGAUGUGGAUUCAUUUGUAUUCAUGAGUCACUUUGCUUUGGAUGUUAAUUCUUUCCUUCGAUGAAAGUUGAUUGACAGACUAUUUUGAUUUGAAUGCUAGAGCAUCAUCCUCCAAAUUCAUACUUAUAAAGGGAUUUUGUUUUCCCCAUCUGAUCUGGUUAGAGAAUUUCUUAGCAUAUUUUCCAGGCUUCGGCAUUGACAGUUCCAAGGUUUGUGUCAAUGAUCAACUGGGCUCAGCAUUAAUAUAGAAUGUAGUUUUGUAAUCACAAAAUGUGCCGUAAUAGAUGCAUUCUCACAGAUAAACAAUGACGGAUCUCUUAGAAUUAUUACUCAAAUUACACUUUAGGCUAAAAUUGCAAUGUUUAAAUGUUUUAGAUCCAAGGAAGCAAGUUUUUCUUUACCAAUAUACACUCGCUGACCACUUUAUUUACACUAUAUUCAUGCGAUUAUCAGCCAAUCGUUUGACACCAGAGCGAUGCAUAAAAUCAUACAGGUCAGGAGCUUUAGUUGCCACAUGAAUAAGUAGGUGUACAGGUGUUCCUAAUAAAGUGUAUAUCACAUCCAAAUAUGAUUUGAUUUUGUAUACAUCAGUACUGCUUAUGUUCUGUAUUCUGUUCAGGUUCCAGUUACUUAACAUCAGGUAAAUGUUUAGCUUUAAAAGUUUACUUCAUAAUAGAAAUACUUUCAGGAAUCUAUGAAGCUAGCAAUUUGUGACUUACUGUAAAAGUGAGUUACAUCAGUGGAUCUGUAUCUGUUUAGCAGGAUUGUAACAAUUUAGCUAUGCUGGUUUUGUUUGAUUUUUUAUUUCCAGAUGAUGAUUCCAAUUGUUUAAAUGUUUCAUCUAGCAUUUUCAUUUUCUUUGUUUAGUCACCAUCAACCCACUUAGUGAAACAAGUCUUGUCUGUAAAUGUAUCAUAGUGUCUAUUAAUACUUUCAUGUCAAAUAAUAUUUUAAAUGGUAAAAUGAGUGUGUGCAGACAUCACAGCAACACAGCUCUUGACCCUCAUCUCUCUGUAAAAGGAUCUAUAUUAAACAGCAUGGUGAAAAAAGACUUCCUGUGUUUUCAGUCUCUUUUUUUUUUAAGCAUAUCAACACAUUAGCAGUUCAAAACCUUUUUAAAAUGAAACAUUGAAGUAACUGGUGGUGCUGCUGCAGCAUUUAAAUUGUCAGCUGAAUUUUGAAAUCAUGACGUUGAAUCAUGACGAUACA